AUGGGCGCCCGCUCCCGCCAGCCAGCCCAUUUCGCCCCGACGCACCAGCUCACGGGCCACCUCGGCCCUCGCGCCCGGGACAUCUUCCCCUUGCCGUCCGUGGCCCGCCCUCGCGAGGGCUCCAGUUUUGGGCGCAGCCGCCGCGGUCGCCGCCAGCUUGCUGGUGACGUUCCUUGGCAAGACUGGGCCAACGACGCCAUCGACGUCAUGAACGCUGUAUGUGCUCCUGGGGCCCAGCCGUCCGCCCUCGGUAUCUCUGAAGGCCAGCGGGCGUCUCUCGUGCACAUCCAGUCCACCUUCGCCUGCCUCGAGCCGCUGGCCGAGGGCGAGGGUUUUCCCGAUGGAGCUCUUUCGGAUUUCCUCUCUGGCUCCCCGCUGUACUCCACGGGGGGGCUUCGCCGACCCUACUCGCGGGACCUGAUCUCGUGGCCCGACGUUGGCGACGACCCCGUGCCGCUCACGAAGGUCGUGGCUGGCCCGGGCGCUCAGUGGCUUAGGGCAUGGAGCUCGAGCAUGCUGCGUGGUCGCGAGGAGGCUGGCGCCCUUCUGCAGCAGGUUUGCCCUCGUGGGCCAUAUGUCGACCCCCGCCUUGCCUUCUCUCCGGCGACGUUCGCCGACUUCCUCGCGGAGAUGUUGAAGCGGAAGAUGAUUUGCUUCCAGGCGGAGGACCCCAGCAUCAAGCCGAUUGGAGUCUUCUGCGUGGCAAAGAAGAGCAACCGUCUACGGCUCAUUUUUGAUACUCGUACAGCGACUGCGUACUUCACGGACUCCCCAGCCACCACGUUGCCGAGCGCUGCCGCCUUCUCGAACCUGGAGGCGCCCGGAGGCAAGGUGGUCGUCGCGGCGGGAGACAUUGACAACGCCUUCUACCGGCUGCUGAUGCCCGAGGGCUUGUGUCGCUACUUCAGGCUCCCGCCGAUCGACAGGCGGCACUUGGAGGCACGCGGCAUUGCAGGACUUCCUCAUGCCACCAGGGCCACGGGAAGGGAGGACGUGCUGAUUCACAGUCAGUUGGAGUUCGACUCGGCUUCGCCCGGCACGCUGGACCCCGACAAGCUCCCCGAGGACCCCGACAUGGAGCUCCACAGCGAGGGCCCCCUGGUCUUGGAUCUCGGUAGUAAGCUGAAGGAGUUCGACGAGGUGCCCGCUGGUGGAUUCCGUCAGAACGCAACCCUGCCGACGCUCUUUCUCGAGGGCGUCGCUCCUGGUUUUCAGACUCAGACGCCCGCGCUGGACAGCCACCCGCGCAUGGCGGCGCGGCGGCCCCCAGCAGCUGCGUGGCCGCUGGUCCUGCGCCUGCCCGCGCGGAGGCUUCCGCCAGCUGCCUUGGAGGCCCGCAGCCGACGCGCCGCCCCGGCAGGGCGGCUGGAGGCCGAGCGGCCGCCGGCGGGACAGCUCGGCACCCUGGAGACCUUGGCCAUGCGGACCAGCCCGAAGGCGCAAUACCGCAGGAUCCUGAGGGAGUUCGCGGCCUUCUGCUCCGUGAGCCGCCUGGUCUGGAGGGACUUCGACCAGCUCAACUCGGUGACCACCCGCCCCUCGAGCUACAUGGUCGUGCACGGGGCCCCCGCGAGCCAGGGCUCUCCGUGGCGGGCGCCCCUGGCGCACUUCCUGCCGGGUGCCUUUGCCAUCCUCGCGGCGGCUGCGCUGGCGGGGCUGCUCGCCGUCAGCGGGCGCCGACGCAUGGCGAUAGGGAUCCUGCUUUCGUUCAACUGCUACCUGAGGCCGUUCGAGACCAGGCUGUGCAACGAGAGCAAGGUGAUAGAUCUCGACCGGCACUUGUGGCCGCUGCUUGCCGGCCUCAUGGCCGCCGUGGGCCUCGACCCGAGCCUGUGGGAUUUCACGCUGCAGGCCCUGCGCGACCGCUUCGGGGUGUCCGCGGACUUGCCGCAGCUCCAGGCCCUCAGCCCGACCCUCAACGCGCUGCGACACAGCGGGGCGAGCUGGGUUCUGCUGGAGGGCCGGAGGGCGCGGGGGCGAGCCCUGAGGCACGGCCGACGAGCCUCGCCGGGCAGCAUGAGACUCUACGCCAAGGAGGCCUACUUGCAGGAUGCCAUGACCAAGGUUCCCGACUGGGUCUUCGUGUUAGGCCGCUUCGUGCACACCAACCUGCUAGGGAUUGUCGAGCUGGGGUCCGCCCUCGCGCAGCGGCCGCGCCCGUGGCAGCAGCUGCCCGCGCCCGUGCAGGCGCGGAUCGGCGCCUCGCUGCCAUAUCCCCAGCUUUGCGGCAUCAUCUCAUGUGGCGCCAGCGGGUUGCAUCGCAGUGUCCUAGGCUGGCUGGACAGUCUGAGUAAGUCCGCGAACGCGGCGGGCAACCCUGCCGGUAACUCCACGAACCCGGCCGGCAACCCUGCCGGUAAUUCUACGAACCCGGCCGGUGACCCGGCCCGGCCGGUAACCCGGCUGGUAGCCCGGCUGUCAACUGCGCGCCCGGCCGGUAACCCGGCUGUUAGCCCCAGCCCGGCUGGUAACCCGGCUGGUAACCCGGCUGGUAACCCGGCUGUUAACUCCCAGCCCGGCCGACGGCCGGCCCUUUGCCUGGCCGGCAGCCCGGCUGUAACUCCGCGCACCCGGCCGGUAGCCCGGCUGUUAAUUCCCGCGCGCCCGGCUGGUAACUCCGCGCACCCGGCGGAGGCCGCGCCGCGCGGGGCGAUGGACCUCCAGUUCGCCUCGCCCAGGUCGGACACAGGCGGCGUCGGCGAGUCGGAGUCGCCCCGGAGAAACCGUCUGCGCGACCUGACGCUGCUCCCGAUGGCACCGCCGCGGACUGCGUCGCCCCGGCGGGCGUCGCCCCGGCCGGCGGCACAGGUCCUGAUGCGGUCGCGCUCUGCGCCAGCGCGCGGCUUCCGGGCCCUGGCGCACGGCAUGCGGAGCGUGUACCGGGCUCAGGCCAUUGUCGACGACGGCCACCCGCCUCAUGUCAGUUCUCUUUUGCUGCAGCGCAUCACGGUGCUGCUGCAGGGCGGGGACACGUUCCACAAGUGUGCGGACCGCAUCUUCAGCGAGCGCGCCGUCGAUAACCAAGGCUUUAUAGACGGCGAGCCCGGCGAGCGGGUUCUGCCCAUGAAGCAUUUGGGGGACAUUUUCAUGCACUGGAAGAUCCCCACGGACCACAUGUCCACAUUCUGGGCGCUACUUCGCAAGCAGCCCUCCGCGUUUCACGAGGCCACCUUGCCGGAAUACAUCAGCUAUCAGGAUUUCCACGACGUCCUUUUGCGAACACUGCGGCGGUUGCGGGACAUGUAUUCCCCUGAGUCGCGCGGGGUCAGCAGGGAUAAGCUGAUAAGGCAAAGCACGCAGAAGUUCGGGGUGGCGUAUGAUGUGUACGAAUCUUGCGGGAAGGGCGCCUUUGGCGAGUGCAUGCUCGUUACCCACAAGAAGUCAAAGACGCAGAGGGUGGCGAAGAGGAUCGAUUGCGCGAACGCCAAGGUUCCAGUUGAGGAGAUCCAGUUCGAGCUCAACACGUUGAAGGAGUUGGACCAUCCGAAUAUUGUGAAGAUUUUUGAGUGGUUCGAGGAGGAUUGUUCAUACCUAUUGGUCAUGCAGGCGGCCAGAGGCGGGGAUCUGAGGCAGUUGCUCAAGAAAGUGAUAAGCGACCAAGGCAAGUCUGGCUUGGAAGAACCCCUUACGGCGAACAUUGCUUCGCAGGCACUGAGAGCAUUGGCCUACGUGCAUGAGACCAAGCACAUCGUCCAUCGAGACAUCAAGCCGGCGAACAUGCUACUCGCGACCCCUGAUUUCAACAAUCCGAAGAUCUUGCUCGCAGACUUCGGCGUUGCUGAGUUGUUCGACGACAACUCCAGUCACAACGUCAGGGGCACCGUGGGUUACAUGUCACCUGAGGUAUUCGAAAACAAAGUGGGCCCGCGUGUGGACGUCUGGGCAAUGGGCAUCGUGGUGUACGAGCUGCUGUGCGGCGAGCGGCCGAUCAAGGCGGACAAUCCAAUGGCGAUGUUCGCCAAAUUGCGCUCGACCGCGAUCAGCUAUAAGCCGCUUCAGGAUGCCGACGCCAGCGAGGCGGCGGUGGCAUUCAUCCAGCAGCUCCUGCAGAAGAAGGUCGAGGACAGGCCUCUGGCCUCCCAAGCGCUGGAAGACGGAUGGCUCACGCAGAAGGCAGACCAUUUUGCUUUGCAGGGCCGCCAGUCUCGCAAGGCGAAGCAGUCGGUGGUAAGCUUCACCAACGCCAGCCACUUCACCAAGGUGGCCAUGAACUGCAUAGCCGCCCAAAUGGACACCUCCAAGAUCGAGGGCCUCACCGCGAUCUUUCACAAGUUCGACGUCGACAACGACGGGAAAUUGUCAACCGAGGAAUUGGCCGAAGGGCUCAAGGAGAUGCAGAUCGACAGCGACUCCAUUAAAGAGAUGGUGCGCGCCGUAGACAUGGACCACAACGGGACCGUGGAGUACUCGGAGUUUGUUGCGGCGCUGCUAGCCACCCAGGGCAAACUAGUGGAGGAGGUCAUCUGGCAUGCCUUCGAGGUCUUCGACGUCAACGGCGACGGCCAGAUCUCGCUAGACGAGCUCAGGUCGAUGAUGUCCGAGGACGGCCCGCUCACGGCCAUGCUGCCAGACGGGAAGAAGAUCGACGAGGUCCUGGCAGAGAUCGAUACUUCCCAAGACGGCGCCAUAUCGUUCAACGAGUUCCGUGACUACAUCAUGCAGGGCACCAACAGCUCGUCGGAUCAGCUCGACCGCGAGGAGCCGCUGAGGACCACGAUGGCGCGCCUGGCGCCUCACGUCGGCCGCCCCGAGGCCGAGCUUGUGGCGCAGGCCGACCGGCUCGCCCAGCAGCACUGGCUGGGUACCAUCGGGGACGUGCAGCAGCUCUCGGAGGCGGAGUGGACGCGGCUCGGCUUGCCCCUGAAGCUAGAGCGGGUGUUGCGCGCGUACAUCUCACAUGAUGGCAAAUGACGGGGCCGAGCUCGCGCCAUCCUGUGAUAAUCCAUCCGUCCUUCCUCCAUCCUCCUACCCAAGAGAGAGAGGGAGGAAUAGAGGAGAGGACUUGUGAAGCAUACCGGCAUAGGGCAUGAGUUGUUUACGCUUCUCGCUAAGUGAUUGCAAGUAUGCUGCUGCCAGUAUGGUCGGCACAGCAACUCUGGCCGUUGGUCCGCGCCGUGCGCCCCUCCGCAGAGAGCCGCGC